AUGAACCGCUUUGUCGAGGUUCGUGCAGAGACUCCGCGGCACGCGAUGCUGGCGGUAGCUACAGGGCUUGCUGGAGCAGCCGGCCUGGGGCUGGCCGUGCUCGGGCUCAGGCGUCUCCUGCAGGCUUACCGGCAAAGUCACCCUGAGCCCAAACUGGUCAAAGUGGCCGAGGUCUCUAGACUCUUCAUUUACCCGGUCAAAUCAUGCAAAGGAAUUCCGCUGACUGAGGUGGAGGUUAAUGAACUGGGACUGCAGAAGGGCCCGCUGAAGGACAGGCAGUGGCUUAUAGUUGAUGAGAAGUGGCAUAUGAUUACUGGUAGGGUAGAGCCUACAUUGGUGCUGGUCUCUGUUUCCAGUGAGAAUGGCUUUCUGUGUCUUAAUGCACCAGACAUGGAAGAGCUGAGAGUCCCUUUGAAGUUACCAAAGUCAAAUCCUGUGAAGAUGUGCAGAGUAUGGGGAUGCAAUAUAGAAGGUAGAGAUUGUGGUGACGAAGCUGCCCAUUGGAUUAGUACCUACUUAAAAAAUAGCAAGGCCUUCCGACUGGUGUGCUACGAACCUGCCAUGCGACCAAGAUAUCCAAGCAAAAAGGAACCACUGUUCUCGGACAAAGACAAGACCGUCUAUAAUGAUACCAGUUCCUGCAUGAUGAUGUCUGAGGAAACUGUCGAAGAUUUUAAUACCAAGUUGGAGAAGAAAGUUAAAAUGGAGAAUUUUAGGCCUGUGGUAGUAGUGAAGGAUUGCAAGCCAUAUGCUGAGGAUACAUGGAAAGGUCUACAGAUUGGGACUACAAAAUUGUACCAUAGGAUGUACUGCACCAGAUGUGUUUUCACAACAGUAGAUCCUGAUACAGGAAUCAUAGACAGGAAGGAGCCACUGGAGACACUCAAGAGAUUGCAUAGUUGCUGUUUACAUUAAGCAGACACAAAUUCAGUUAGUAGCUUGCACCUUGAUGAGAUGGAGUUACCUACUGUACUACUUGGUAAUGAAACCAUAGAAAAAAUCAAGCUGAAGAGAAGCUAGAUAAAAUUUUCUAAUUGUUGAACAGCAUCAAUCAGCCUCUAUUUGCCCUGAACCAUUGAUGUGUGAAUUGUGCUGAUCAGUAUACAAUAACCGUGAUGUAUAUGGCAGAACAGGAAAAUAUGAAGGGUUCUGAAUUACAGACCACUGAGUUCCAGCAGAACUAUCCUUAUUGUGAGUCAUAUAGGGUAGUUGAAGCAUAAUCAGUUACUAAAUAAAUUAGCAGGCUUUAAAUGCAAAAUGUUAAAAUAUAAACAUUCUAUGUACGUAAAUGAUAUCAGCACUAAAUGCAUUAUAGACAGUGGGAAUUGCACCUUGCUCAACAACUUGAAUUUUGCAUAGCUUCUUUACCAUACUAAAGAUCCAGGCCAGUAUGGCCUGACAUAUAUAUCUCACAGUUGUGAUAAAUUUUGAAUGUUGCAUUGAAUAGAUGAGUUUUACCAUCCAGGUCAGAAAACAUUUGCAUAAGCUAAGCUCAUUGUCCAGCCUGAGUCCACAUGAAUCACUAUUGGCCUGAACAGAUUGACUGUACUAACAUUGCUUCUGUGUCAAACUUCAAUCACAGAACCAUGGAAACCAUUGGUUUGUUUUCUCUGUUACACUUCUUAUUUUGGUGAACUAAGAUGAGCAUGUUACUACAUAUCUUUUAUAAAUGAGGGCUUCCAUAUCAGUACUGGGAUGCUGAGUGAUGGUGGAGGUGGUGGAGGGUGGGGGAAGGGUGUAUGCGGGCAUUGGACGGUGGUAUUGGGGAUGGUAGGGGAUGAAAAGAGAAUAUAUCCAGUCCACAGUCAUGGAAGGGGGGAUGUCUCCUGAAGGGGUGGCCCAAAGUAUUUGAAGCACAUUUUGAGGAUUAUUGAGUUUGAUGAGCUAAUGGAAUCAGUGAUAGAUAUACUAUCUCACACCAUUAUGGGAACUGCUUGAAACUCCACAAAGGACCAUAACUAUGACCCAAACUUGUCUGUCUCUACCAAGUACUUACUGGGAAACUGGAUCAGGUAGUAAAUAAUGUUGUUGCCACUAGAUGUCAUUGUGGGAGCUAUUUGAAGCCGAGAAUAAAAAGAUAGUGCAAGAAAAAUCAUCUAGUCCGUUGAAUUCACCCUGAAUGCCCUUACUCUCCCAAUUUAACAUCAAUUUUGAAUGUAACUAAUUUUUUAGUCUUGCAUUUCCAUCUUGCAGGUAAUUACAUUCUUAACAGCUGUUGAACAAAAAAAGCUUGUUCUUUUAGUUUUUUUCUGGUUCAAAUAACUUGACUUACCGCAAAGUAAUAUUACAUUUUAUGUGAGAAUACUUCGAAUAACUCCUCUCCUUAAGGCUGGUUUUCAUCUGCUUUACUCCGAAGAAUAAGCAUAUGCAGCAGGUCGAAAGAGGACAAAUAUAUAAGUAUGUAUGCUGUUGGGUUUUUGGCCAUUUUAUGUUGCCUGGGCAUUCCUUGGGAAUAUAUUCUGUGGCAUGAAUGACUUGCCCCUCCAUUUAAGAUCAAGAAUGGAAAUUAUGCAGGGGGGAGAGACAUAAUAAUAUUUCCUGACUUAUUAUCUUGCCUCAAUCUUGGCUGAUCAAGUACCAAUGUGAAAUGUGCCUGGAAGACACCCAACUCUGUACAAGAUCAUCAGAUCUGAGAGGAGCGGACAGUAAGGAUAUGAGAUGCCCACCAAAUGUUAGGCCUGUUUGGCAGUUGGACUUAGAAAAAACCAGGAGGCUUCUCAACUGGUAAUUAUAUCACUGUUGCAAAUUGGGGUUGUGUGAGUAUAUUAAUGCAAUCUUCAUAAAUCUAGGCAGUAGACCCUGCCAGAAGCAUUUGUAGUGUUUAGCCUAAUAAAGCUAUGCAGCCUGAUAUCUCAGCACCUUGUCUGCUGCUUGAUCUGGUCUGCAAAAGCUAUGUCAGGUUUAUCUGGAGCCAAAUGAAGGGAACCAUUUUGGAAUUAUGCCUCCAUUCCCUACCCCACAUGUAUAUUUAGGUCCCUGAACUUCCUUUGGAAUCGUACUCUAUUUUAUAUUGUCUCUCUUCGCUGUUCCUACCAAAAUAAAUAAUCUCUCACUUCUGUGCAUUAAAUUUUAUGUACCACUUGUCUGCCCAUUUGUAUCAACAUGUCCAUGUCCUUUUGAAGUUAUACACUACCUCUUCACAAUUCAGUGCCUCCAAUUCAUCCACAAGUUUUGAACUUAUGCCCUGUAUACUUAUGUUUAGGUCAUCAAUAUAUAUAUCAGAAAGACCCUCGGAACUCCACAAUAAGUGGAGUCCGAAUAGCAUCUAUUAUCUAGUGUUCUGUUUCCUGCCAUUCAGCCAUAUUUCAUAUUCAUAGUAUCAAUGUCCCCUUUGUUCCAUGAGUGUGAACUUUUGCUCAUAAGUCCACUAUGCAGUGCUUCAACAGAUGUCUUUUGGAAGUCAGUGUACAUCACAUUAAUGGCAUUACAAAAACUCAAGUGUGAUUUUCCUUUAGCAAAUCUGUUUUGGCUUUCCUUAAUUAACCUGCAAAUAUCUAAGGUCUCGUUAAUCUUGCCCCAAACAUUAAUUUUUCUUGAAUUAUUGAUUCCACAAGUUUCCCUACCACUGAAGUUAAACUGAAUGUCUUGCUGGGUUUAUCUUUAUGCUGUCUUCCGAACAAAUGUGUAAUAUUUGCAUAUCUCCCUUUCUCUGGCACCAUCUCCAAGUCUGAGGAAGACUGGGAAAUUACAGAUGUGCUUCUACAAUUACUACUCUCACUUCCCUCAGUAUCCUUUGAUUCAUCCCAUUGGGUAAAUGGUGCUUUAUCAAUUUUAAUUACAACCAUCUUAUCCAAUACUAUGCCCUUAUCAAUUUUAAACCCAUCAAGUUCUGAGUUACAUCCUCUUUCACUAUGACCCUGUACAGAUCUUGCUCCUUUGCAAAGCAUUAAUUUAAUACCUCAACCACGCCUGCAGCCUCCAUGUAAAUUCCCCUUUUGGUGCCUAAUUGGCCCCACUCCCUUUACCAUCUAUUUUGCUUGUAGAAGACUUUUGGAUUGUCUUUUAUAUUAUCUGGUAAUCUCUUUUCAUUCUCUUUGCUUCUGUUAUAUGCUUUUCUCACUUUCUCUCUGAACUUUCUGUAUUCAGCCUGAUUCUUAUUUGUAUUUUCCACCUGAUAUCGGUCAUAUGCACACAUUUUCUUCUCCAUUUUAAUCUCUUUCUUCUUCAUCAUAAUCUCAAAUUCUCUUUCUAAUUCAUUUUAAGGAGAUUGAGUAUUAGCUAGUUUUGGCAGCAACAACCAGGGACUCUUCAUAGUGUCCCAGUGAACAGCAUAAUCUGAAUGAUAUUUAACUAUGUUAUAACUAUCCUCCUGAUCAUAACACUAACGCAGACUGUAUAUCACAUCAUAUGAUUCCGCUCAUCGAAAAUGCUAAGUUUCAGCAAAACACACUUUGCUUCUCUGUAACUCAUUGAUCAUAGGUAAAAGGCAACAUCACCAUAAUCCCAGAGAGUUGCUGUCUUACUAAAGACAGACACUUGAUGGUGAGUUUAACCUGGGGGUCACCACACAGGAAAGGGACAGGGUUGAGAAGGUAGCAUCUUCAUGGUAAUCUCAGCUGAUGCAAGAAUGGAACUCUUGCUACUGGCAUCACUGUACAUUGCAAAUCAGCUGUCUAGCCAACUGAGCUAACCAAUAGGUACCAAGCUAUAGAUACACCCUUUCUGCAAUUGAUUACACUUCUUAAAAAUCACAAAUCUACCUUAUUACUCAGCCUUGAACAUGGAUCAAAGGCUGCUCUUCCAUUGCAUACUUUGGAAUUCAGAACUGGUUGAUGGAGUUGGUGAAAAUGUAGCCAUAUUUAUCAACUAAACAAAUCUUAAGACUUGAAACUGGUUGCAUCAUUAAAGUAUCUAGAUUUAACAUGUAUUUGGCAACACAUCUAGUUCUUAGAACAUGAGCUAUCAGGGUUAUUCAGAGCAGGCACACCCAGGUUGAGUUUUCUGAUUGGUGGCACCUAAAGGUUAUGGGAUAAAAUUUAAUUCAUAAUUUAUUUCACAUUUCCAUGUGACGUGUUUACAGUAUUGAGUGGUUUUGGAACACAAUUCUUUAUGACGUUAACUUGUGAAGUCUUGGACUUCUUCUUUUAAAAAAAAAAAUGACCUGCAGAGUGAUAUGUUAACAUUUAUUUUAUUUAAAAGCAUACCUACUUAUGGACUCUCACUUUUAAUGUAACCUUUUAGAAUUAAGAAGACAGCCAUUUCAUGUAGAUGUGAUGGUCCUUUCAACUUGUCAAAAAUAGUCUUCUCUAUGUAGUGCAGCAUUAUUCUUUUCUGGUACUACUGGUACUUUGUGUGAUAAUAUAAUUGUAUCCUGGAAAAAAACACAUUUUAAAAAUAUAUUUAUUUAGUGGUGCUAACCUUUGCCUAAUGCUACCAAAUAAAAUAAAUAUUUUAGUGUUGCAUAACUCUGGAAUAUAGUAACCUGCCAUCAACAGCACAGCUGCGGUAUCGCAUUAAGUGUGGAAAGUUCAUGAAUUAAUUGUUGUGGUUGGUUUUCAAGCCAGAAACAUAUGGUACAAACAUAGAUUAUAGUGGGUCUAGGAUUUAAAAUAUAACCAAAAAUGGGAUUGUACUUUGAUUCUUAUAACCAAUGUUAGUAUGAGUUGCCUUCACUAUUUUCAUUCAGGUAGCCUUAAUUAAUUUUGGUUCUUUCCAAAUAUUGUCUGUACAUUUUAUGUUACUCUAUCUUUUGGUAUGAAAGCGUUUAAAGACUGCUCAUGUCAAUGGCUU